AUGUUUUUGCAACUCCUAACAGCCCUGCUAGCCCUCCAUUGCACCAUCCCCACUAUAUCGGCAUCAGAGAGAUCCUUAACAAAGGCACUGCAGUUCGGUAGCACUCUUGAUGACUACAUACAGUUUUCACCUGAUAUGAGCCAGGUCAAAGACUCCCUAACGGUGUGUUCAUGGGUAAAGAAGCAGCUGACUGGCACCUACAGAACCUGGUUUAGCUACAAAACGUCCACACACAGUUACGAGAUCCUAAUAUCGGAUGCUGGUAUCUACAACUGGAUUCACAACAUCUUCAACAUCCUGAGAAGAGCUGUUACAGUACCCCUCAACACGUGGACUCAUCAAUGUCAUAGUUGGUCAGCAAGCACUGGGACAAUGAAAACCUACUAUAAUGGUACUCUGAUAGGGUCUAAAAGUGUUUGGACCUCAGUUCCAAUAGAAGAGGGGGGUGUCAUCACUCUGGGACACGAUGCUGCCAGCCCACAUAACCAUGAAAUAUUCGGUGGGCAGCUGAUGAAACUAGAUAUAUUUGGAAAAGUGCUCAGUUCAAAAGAAAUUGCAGAGUUAUACAACGCUGGUAGAUGUUCAGAUGUAGAAAAGAAGCACCAGGAAGUCAGGUUCAUCACCUGA